UUGAGUUGCUCUCGCGCUGUGUUCAUAAAAAAGAAAAGGAAUUAAUUUUCACUUUGUUUUUAACUUCCUUUACAAAGCGGCAACAAAUUCAAGUGACAAAAUUUACAAACAAAUUUGGUUUUGUUUUGUCGGUGCGCGUGUGGAAAAACAUUUGGAGCAACAAAAUGCGCUGGCCGCUGCUGCUGCUCUGGGAAACAUAAAAAGUGCGGCCUGUGUGCCGCUGCUGUCGACGACGACGACGUCAUCACAACCUACACAUACAUACGCACACAACGAAUCACAGUAUAGAGAGACAGAGGCUCAUUGAAAUUGCCGUUCAUCAAAAAUUUAAAUUAUGAAAGCAAUUUAUCAACUGGAAUUCGAACUCUGACGCCACAGCAACUACAAAGAACGACAAACUGAACUGGCUAGCUGUGCAAUUACAAAAUAUGCGGGAAAAUAAACGCUAAUCGAUCGUGCUUUUAAAUAUACAAAUACAUAUAUACAUAGAAAAAUAGACAAACGAGAAGCCGCGCACAUAAAUUUGUGCACAUAAAAACAUUGUUAAAAUAUUGCCUAGUUUUGCAAAGAGAAAUUACGCACUGUAUUUUAAUAGGCUGCUCCGCACAGACAUUACUGGAUUCAGCAACAACAACAAUUAAAGGGCGAAGACGACAGCAGCAACAACUUGUUGCACGCAGUAUUCACAACAUUCAUACACAUAAUAAACAUAGAUACACACACACACAAGUAUAAAGAGAUUUACCCUGUGCGCUGUGUUCUGACCUUUGGCGAUUUUCCUCGAGCAUUUUGUCACGAAAAUAUCCACACAUCGCUACCCUAAAAUGGACACACGCAUUGAGUUGCAAUUGAAGCCUAUUGGUGUACAGGGAAAGGAUCAACAGGAGCACCGGGAUGAACAAGAGCAACAGGAAGAAGAAGAGGAGCAGCCACUGCCCACGAAACUCAAUGAAGCAUCAACAACGACGGCAAUCAUUGUAAAACCCCCAGAUAUUCAAUUACCCACAAGUAGUUCACAUAAUUCUAUCAACGAUUUUAUGGUUGUUCCACAUUCACCGAUAAUACCGCCAUCACCUGCCGCGCCUUCAACUCCCACAUCGAACGUUCAACCGAGCACUUCGAGAAAGCUAUUCCAUGAUGCAGCUAGUCAACAUGGUGGCUUUGAGAGCUCUGCCUUACUUAAUCAGGAGCUGUGGAGUAUUGCAGCUUCUCAAUUACCGCAACCAAAGGUGCGUAGCGCCAGCUCCACACUGGAUGCGGCGGUCUCACGCAAUCCGUCGACUACUGGUGGCCGACAUGAAAAAAAGAUUGGUCAUCGGCGCGUUGCCGAGGGUGGAGAGGUCACCUAUAAGAAGAUCCAGUCAAAGCAGAUCAUGGGAUCCAUUCAAUUGGGCAUUCAGCACACAGUCGGGAGCUUGGCAAGCAAGCCAAAACGAGAUCUUCUUAUGAAGGACUUUUGGGAAAUGGAGUCAAUCUCAUUUCCACCUGACGGAUCAUCACUGACGCCAGCCCAUCACUACAGCGACUUUAGAUUUAAAGUUUAUGCACCCAUUGCCUUCCGCUACUUCAGAGAUCUCUUUGGCAUAGCACCCGAUGACUUUCUAAUGUCCAUGUGUGCGUCCCCAUUGCGUGAGCUUUCAAAUCCGGGAGCUUCAGGCUCUAUAUUUUAUCUGACCGAUGAUGAUGAGUUUAUCAUUAAGACAGUACAGAAAAAGGAAUGCGAGUUUUUGCAAAAACUUUUGCCCGGCUACUACAUGAAUUUGUCACAAAACCCACGCACAUUAUUGCCAAAGUUCUUUGGACUCUACUGCUUCCAUUACAAUUCCAAAAACGUGCGUCUGGUCGCGAUGAACAAUCUACUGCCCUCGGACAUUAAAAUGCAUGCAAAGUACGAUCUAAAAGGUUCCACAUUCCGACGCAAGGCCUCGAAGGCAGAAAGACAGAAGGCGAGUCCCACAUAUAAGGAUCUCGAUUUUCAAGAGCAUCAUCCUAACGGUAUAUUCCUCGAGACGGACAAAUAUAAUGCGCUGAUGAAGACCAUCCAGCGCGACUGCAUGGUACUAGAGAGUUUCCAAAUAAUGGACUAUUCCCUGCUGGUGGGCAUUCACAAUUUGGAUCGUGCAGCCCAGGAAAAGCGUGAGGAGCGCAUUUUGAAUGCACGUGCCAAGUUGCAACGCAAGGAUGCCAAUGCGCAAGUGGUCGACGAUGCGCCGGAAGCGGAUCAGACACCGUUUAAUACCCAACAGCUACCCACAGUGGCAUCCACGGGCUCAUUGGUUGCUGGCGCAGGUGCAGGAGCCAGCACAUCAGGCGCAGCUCUGAACCGCACUCGGAGCAUGAAUCGUCAGCGCCUGGUAGCCCACUCCACAGCCAUGGAAUCUAUAACUGCUGACAUGGAUGUAACUCUAGAGGAAGAUGAGGAUGUACCUGCUGGCGGUAUUCCGGCUCGCUCGGCAGAUGACGAGAGACUAAUUCUCUAUAUCGGCAUAAUUGAUAUAUUGCAAUCUUAUCGCCUGGAGAAGAAACUGGAGCACACAUUCAAGAGCAUUCUCUAUAAUGGCGAUACAGUCUCUGUGUGUCGGCCCUCCUUUUACGCGAAGCGUUUCCAAGAGGCCAUGGCCAAGCAAGUCUUCAAGAAGACGCCCACAUUUCCGCUUAAGCAUUCCCCGUCAAAGCGUAAGACGUCAGCCAAUUCCAACGUAAUGCGCUCGACGCCCCAACGUACGCCUUCACAGUCAAACGCCCAGCGACCGCCCACGCUCACAAUGCUCUCGGGAAUGUCCACACCGCCGCCGGCUUUUGAUGACAUCUCCGAGGAGGACAUUACGGCGGCCUCCACCACAACGCUGCAACAACAACAGCAUCGCUAUAACAACAACAAUGAUAAUAGUUUGCCCAGCAGCAACACCAACAACAAGAGCAAUUCAAGCAGUUCCGUUCCAGAACCCAACAGUCCAAACGGAGGUGCAGGAAUCGAGCGGAUCUACACGCCCCAAUAUUCCUAUAGUAGUUCAGUGAGGAGUAGCGCCCUAACGAGCGACUACAGCGACGAUGAGUCUGGCAGCUACAGCGUGUCUGGUAUCGCCACAGGUGCCCGAUCCCCCCUAUCGUCACGCGUACCGAGACUCACGAAAACGAACGUGCAGGUCACGACUAUUGGGUGUGCGGACGAUGAGUCCAAGGAUGCGGUGGCGAAGGCGCAACCUGAUGCAAACGGAACGACACCAAGCAGCAACAAUCUCACCACAUCUACCAAGACGACCGUCAUUAAGGCGGCGGUGCAGAGUUACACCUCAACGCUGGUGCUUAACGAUGUACCACGUUGAUUAAAUUAUAUAUGUAUAUAUAUGUAUGUAGCUGUACAUGUAGCAACAACAAAUUGGUGCUGGCUUUCACUACCCCCCUAGCAUUCAGUGCUCCAAAACUGCCCCAUUCAAUGCUAUAGACUUGACGCAGCUUGAUGUAUCUGCUAAGGUUGUGCGAUCCGGAACUAGUUCGGCCCUCUGGUUCAUUUAGUUAAAUUCAUUGAGAAAAAUAACAUUUAUAAAGAAAAUAUUCGAGAUAGGAUGUAGAAAUAAAACUCACCCUUUCAAAACUAUUAUAUCCCAGAUCAGCGCAACAAAAUUUAGUUCUACAAAUCACUAAACUGUAGCCUUUCAAUAGAAAAUUUGAAAGUCUAUUACGAAUUUCGUGUUUCUUGGAACUUGUUCCAUUCUUUCAUAUAUAUAUAUAAUAUGGAAUACAUUUCUAACGGGUACAGCAUAACUUUUGUUUCUACUUGGUGGCGUAUACGUAACGUCGCGCUCGUUUAUCUUGAUUAAGCACACUCCCACAAAGAAAACCCAAAAACGAAUAUUCGAUAUUAAAAUUUAUGUGGCGCGGUUUGUUAAUUGCACGCACACACACACACAUACGUAAAGCUAAUCGAACAGUCUCACACUCGUCAGGACGUAACUGAAAUGUUCAAGAAAUUAUUACUGCGAAUGGCGGUGCUUAUUAAAAUUUAUAAUUACAUCCCUUGUGGACUUUACUGAUAGAUUGAUUUUGUCUUUGUUUCAUAUUUCGUUGUUGGCAUGUCUAUUGUCCUUCGUAAUUUUUGUUUUGUGAAUCGUUGGCAAUUGACUUUCAAAAUGUGGCCUUUGGAAAUAUGCAUAAAUGUUUGUGCAAAAGAAUAUUUUAUAAGUAGUAUUUAAUUGAAAUGUGGAAAAUGAAUGUUCAAGCGAAAACGUGUCUGUGUUUUGUACAAAGGAAUAUCAGGACAAAUAAUGUAUAGUAUUAUUUCGAACAUGCUUUAAAACCUAACCUCCCUGAACCUUAGCAUAUUUAUUAAUUUGCUUUAAUACAAAAGAAUAUUAUUUGCAUUUGUUGUGCGUGGCAUGUUAAU